GACUCUUGACUUUUGACUUCUGACUUCUGACUGCUGCCCUUCCUUCGAAUCUACCUCGCGAAGAAAAGACCCCUCACUCUCACUCCAGAGAUUCCUUCAGUGCCACACUGCCACUAUUACGAUUACGAUUACUAUACUAUACUAUACUAUACUAUACUAUUACUAUUACUGCCACUGCCACUGCCACUACCACUACCCUACAACUUAACUCUCGCACCCUCUCCCUCACCCUCACCCUCACCCUCACUCGCACAUUCUUCCUCAAACAUCAAUUGUAAGAAAUCAUUUGGAAACCCCCUUCCAUAGCUUUGAGCUUCAAUCUUUCUUGCAUCUUUGUUCCCCUGAAAGAAUCGCCACAAGAGGCUGCAGAGAGGAGAAAGAGAAAUUAAACGUCGCAUCUGAUUUUUAUUAAAUAAUUAUGCAAAGUUUUGCUCCCAAGAUCAUCCAUUUCUAGAGAUUCCCGCUUCCCCCUCCCCUCCAGAUACGAAACAACAGUGCGACGAUACGCUCCCUAUCUACCUAUCUUAUCUACCUAUCUUCCACCUACCCAUUAACCAUUAACCAUUACCACCACCAUCACCACUCACUGUCGACUUGGAUCUGGUAAUGAUCGAGUCCACACUGACGAUGCCUCCUCGUUCUUCGUUGACAUCGUCCUUUUCCGUUUCAGAUGCGAAUAAUGAAGUUGUUUGUCCAUUGAGAAAUCAAGAUGGCUCCAGUUGUCGCAAACGUUGCCUCGGCGAAAAACGAUAUCGAUCCAUGCAAGAGCACAUUAGAAGAGCUCAUCCAGAACAUUACAUCUCCAAGCUUCCUGCGACCGAAGAGAGCUUUCAACUCAUGAUCAAUACCCCGCCCUCUGAGCGACCACAACCACAACCACAACCACAGCCGCCAACAACAACAACAACAACAACACCCGCCAACUCGGCUCCAACUUCAAAUAGUUUCACACACGAAAGACAGAAUUACUAUGGCGAACAUUCGAAUCAUUCGAGUACCCCAAAUACUCCCAGAAUCUUGGACGAUAGUUCAAUGCUUCCAGCCGCUAGCGCUGCAGCAACUUUAGCACAGCUACACAAUCACAAAUUGGAUCAUGAAUGGGAAUCCGAAGUGGAUUGGAUGUCAGAUAACGAAGCUCACAAGCAAGCAAUGCGAGCUUCUAUAGAGCUUCCUCCAAUUCAUUCCAGCAAACUCGAGCCAACGAGCGAUCCAUUUUCACAUUACAAUGUUCACCGUCGCAGAGAUCUUCUCCCUUCUAUAUUAUCACCCCCAGGACGAUCGUCUACUCUUCCUCCGAUUCAAAGAAAUCCAAGCACAGGUCGUCCUCGCAAACAAUCAGUGUCAAAGCGUGCUCGAGAGCCACACUAUAGAAGGCAAAAAUCUCGUGGGGAACAUACUCAUCUGCGACGCUUAAGUCAUGAUCGUAAAGCUCAAUCUGCCGAACCGUCAAGUGCAUUUUAUGGCAAACGAUGGGAAGACUUGAUUGAUGCUGCCACAUCAGCUACAGAAGAUGUAGAUGAUGAUAGAACACCGAUUCCUCCAUCCCCGGUUUCAGUGAAUCGUGCUUCAAUGCCUCCAUUUUCCGCAUCGCAAUUUCAUGGAUACCAGGCUUCGCCACUACAACAAGCACUCACCCCGCCAUCUUAUCAAGCUGAAGCUCCAGAACCUUUUCCAUCAGUAGAAAGUGGUGGGAGUGGUGAUCAUUUCAAUAUUGGAUCACAGGGGCUCUCGGAUUCAUCGCCAAGCUUUUCUGCAAUAAAUAUACAAAUUUACUGUGCUGCUUGCCAGAAUGUUUCUUUCCUGAAAGAAUCUUACGCAUGCACAGAAUGUAUAUGCGGUAUAUGCCAACCAUGUGUCGAGGUUCUCAUGGCAGAGCAGGGAGCACGUAGAAAAUGUCCAAGAUGCGCCACCAUCGGAGGACGCUUCAAACCUUUUCAGUUGGAUAUCCGUUAAGUCAUUUGAUGGAAUUAUUGGGUUUAAAUAAAUUGGUAAGAGAGGAGUUGGUCAUUAUGGGUCAUCAUAGACUGGAUUGAAAUUUUUGGAAGAGGGUAUAGGCGUUUUGAUUAUUCCCAGGGUAUCGAGGGUUACAAGACCACUCUUAUUAUGAUUUUGGGUAUAGGUUACAUUGCGAAGUUGUCUUUUGGCAUUUCGUACAGAUAUGUUUUUUUUUAAGGCAUGCAUUUGUUGGGCUGAUGUUUAUAGUCGUAUCCAAAGAAAGAUUUUCUCAUUCAAUAUCUUGGAAAGCUAUUAGGAAUUUGGCACCAAUCACUUCGGCCAUUCGUACA